CUCACAUCGCUCAACGUGCAGGGCUUUGCACCCGCGCCCCGACUUGCACGCAAAGGCUGGGCAAAACUCAGCGCAUUCGAACAGGCGAACACGAGGUGACAUUUUCUAUUUGUCAACAAGCCUACGAGAUGCAGCUUCAGGCGAACGAAGAUAUAUCGUUAACGCAAUCAAGCACGCGAGAGACAGACCUCCGCAAGGCGACGUCGAAAAAAUCUGUGGUUCAGAGCUUCUACGCUGAGCACUGGACAGGAACCUAGGUAGGUCGCGAUAUGAUAGAUACAGUAUUCGUGAUUUGAGACAAACCCAGCUGCGAGUAGUUCAACAAUCCCGUAACGAGCUUUGGCAGCUUGUCACGUCGAGUGUUUUGUUGUCGACAAGAACGAAAUCCGGAACCGGGCUUUCUCAGACAAAGGCUGCGCUGCAACGGCGCUGCGUCAACGUGUUCGAGGAACUUGGGAACCUUAGAUGUCUCCGUGUCUUGUGAGACAAGGCUGAAGCCGUAGAAUGAAUCGAGAGGUAAAAUUAAAGAACGGGUUGGUGCCGCUGCAAUUGAGGAGCGCGCUACGGCGAGUCCUGCUGGUUGCGACAGAGCAUGCAGCAUUCCACGACCACUUAGGACAGGCGAUAUCAGACGGAGUCCUUGAGACAGCAGCGAAGGCGCGAUCUUUGCUUCCAGAGUCCAAGCAGCCUCGCGCCCAAGCAAUGCGAUGCGUCCUCGACGGGUCAUCAGAACGUGGGCAGCGCACUGGCGCUGGCAGACCCGCCACAAAGUCACCUUCAGCCAAUGCAUUUCGUCAUAGCCAGCAUGCGUGUUUCGAUGCCUUCUUAGCAUUGUUUUCCACAAAAACGAACUGUACCUGCUCGCUGGCCAUGUCAUGAAAGCUUCGAGUCCCGCGUCGUCACAAUGGCGCAGAUUUCUGACUACAUCAUUGUCUCAAGCUCCGUCUUGCUGAGACUGUUCGCCUACAUCUUCUUUCGCUGGAUUCCAGGACACGUAAGUCACCGCGGUCGGAUUCCGAGAUGGGAUGUUUUCUGAGCAAAACUGCACAGCAUUUCCCCCCGCUCAUCUACAGCUUUGCUGCCAUAUACGCUUGGUCUUUCUAUCCAAAGUUCCAGAAGACCGCUCCAUUCACGGUUGUAUCUGACGAAGUGUUCGUUUAUACGCGUACCGCUGAUGCCCCAACACCCCACAACACAGGAAAGACGGAUGGAGAGAAACAAGGAGAAGGAUUAGCGGCAGCCGCGCCUGGGGAGCCGGAGCAGCUCGAGGAGAUUGAUGUUUCCGAACGAGUUGUGCUUAAAGAGCAGGAUUCCCAGUGGUGGCAGACUCUGCUUCUUGGUCUGCCAAGUCCAACUUCGGCCAUCCUCAGUGGCAUCACAUACCUCAUCAACCUGGCGCUUGUCUUGAUGACGCUCGACGCAGUCUAUCGUGGGCCAACGUUCUUCAACGCACAGGAUCUCUCGUUCGCCCGGGUGGGCUAUGUGUCGGAUACAACAGCCAAGAUCCUCGUGCGUGAACCUCGUCAAUCUCAACUUCCAGUCUGGGUUUCGUACCGAUAUGUGGAGCCUCUCGCGGGUUUGGACACAGCCUCAGGAGAUUCAAACUCUGCCUGGAAAUCUGCCGGAUCAAUUGAAUCGCUCCUAUUCAAUGAAGAGACGGACUAUACAGCGAGCAUGACUUUGACGCGUCUAACCCCCGAUACGAGGUAUCAAUACGCUUUGUCCAACAAUCAUACUGGCUACUUCACCACAGCUCCUCCGGUCGGAAAGAUUUCCAAGUGGAACGAUGGAAAGUUCACCUUCCUUCACUCAAGUUGCAUCAAACCUCACUUCCCAUACAGCCCAUUUGACCACCCUCUACAUAUACCAGGAUUCAAAUAUCUCGCCGACUGGAUACCGAAGUUGAAGGCUCAGUUCAUGGUAUUCCUUGGCGAUUUCAUCUAUAUUGACGUUCCACAUCGACAUGGAGCUGAUAGAGAAGCGUAUCGUUCAGAAUACCGAAGAGUCUAUGCGUCUCCGGACUGGCCAUCUGUGUCUGACAAUCUGCCGUGGAUACAUGUUCUUGAUGACCAUGAGAUUGCGAACGACUGGGACAGGAACACAACCGGACUCUAUCAGGCAGCCUCGGAUCCAUGGGAAUUUUACCACGUUUCGGUUAAUCCCCCUGCUGGAAAGGCUGGUCAUACGUGGUUCACCUUCACCCAAGGACCAGCUGCUUUUUUCCUGAUGGAUACAAGACGGUAUAGAACCGUGGAGACUGACGAUCCAAACGGGACCGAGAAGAGUAUGCUUGGGGCUGAGCAGCUGGCCGACUUGAUCAAAUUUUUGCAAGAACCCUCCCCGGUGGGUGUACACUGGAAAGUUGUCGUGUCCUCUGUGCCCUUCACCAAGAAUUGGCGAUUCGGAGGGAAAGACACCUGGGGCGGCUAUCUCGUCGAACGACAGGUCAUCCUAGAGAACAUGUGGAAUGCUGGAGCGAGAGGAAUCGGUGUUAUCGUUUUGAGCGGAGACCGGCACGAGUUUGCAGCAACGGCGUUCCCACCGCCCCCAGGCAGCGUGUAUCCAGCUAGUGCUACGGUGUACGAAUUUAGCACAAGCCCGUUGAACAUGUUCUACUUGCCUGUCAGGACGUACAAGCAAACAGAUGACGAGGAUGUGGCACUCAAAUACUUGCCUGACGGUGGUUCAAAGUUCGGUGCAGUCGAAAUAUCGAAUCCAGAGCAUGGAGAACAGAGCAUUCUCCAUUAUCGAUUAUUCAUUGACGGUUCGGAAGUCUGGACGCAUACCAUACCAUCCCCACCACGUACAUCGGGCGGAUUAUUCGAUAACAGGUGGGCAUAGUACACAGGUUCAAUAGAAGGAUACCAAACAUCGCGAGAAGUAGCCAGCGCCACCUCAAGUGGUGACUGCAUUCUUUGAAUCUUGGAAACAAGUUCUCAAUAACCAUCCUGGAACAAAACAGUCUUGGGGAAAAAAAGCUUGGCUGAUGUGCGAACCAAAAACUAGCCGGUCCUGUCUCAUUUCAGAUGUCAGAAGCAACCUUUGUCAUGAGGUACUGUAAAUCCGAGGAAAGGAGACAUGGCCACUAGUCCUCGAAUGUGACAAUCUGCACCAGCUGUCCAGAACAGGUCCCUCCUCUAGCUCAAUCUGAUCCUUUCUCGGCUCAACCCAAUAAGAUGGCAGCCUUCCAUACAAAUGUAUAAAUAUUCUUCUACUGGCUACUUUGCCUGCAAUGCUUGCGCUUUUUAUGGCCCUACUCACGUGACUAGAUUCGAAAGUGGAGGUUGUGCUUCAUUGUGUAAAACUUGAUCGUUCUUUGUAUUUGACGGCCAUACUGACUGACGAAGGCAAAUUGAGUCUACUUUAAUCGAUUAUCGCGCUUGUUUUAUGCACGUUACGAGAGAAAUUUUGAACGCGAAGCCGUUGUUUGCAAUUUCCCUCCUACUCCGUUUGGACGAUGGA